UGUUUAUAGACUGACGGACGAGUUAGAAGUGCUGCGCGCAGACUCAUGACAGCAGCGCUGCAGCCUCUACAGGCCCUGGUGAUGCAGCUGCUGCUACUGCUGCUCACCGGGCCCGCAUCUCAUCUGGCUGACGGGUACCGGUUUCUGUCCUCUGAGCUGAACGGCACCGAGCCGUCCGAGGCGACCUCCGGCAGGAUCCAGAGGCGACACGCCAACCUCGCGCUCAGCGAGAACAUCUCGGCGGUGCUGGAGAACCUGCUGAAGAACUACGACAGCACCCAGCGGCCCGCCAGCGGCACGGAUUGCCCAACACGCGUCCAGACCAACAUCCUGAUUCGGAGCAUGGGGCCAAUCUCGGAGCUGGAUAUGGAGUACUCGAUGGACUGCUACUUUCGGCAAAUGUGGCGCGACCAGCGGCUGACAUUCAACAGCUCCAUCGACCAGCUCAGUCUCAGCAUCAAAAUGCUCGAGGGCAUCUGGAAACCGGACACCUACUUCCUGAACGGUCGCGGCAGCUAUGUGCACACGAUCACACGACCCAACAAACUCAUUCGGCUCAGCAGCAACGGCGUCAUACUCUACUCGAUGCGACUGACCAUUAAGGCCAAGUGCCCGAUGCUGCUGCAACAUUUCCCCAUGGAUAAGCAGACCUGCCCUCUCGUGAUAGGAAGCUACGCGUACACCAGUCACGAUGUGAUCUACGAAUGGGACCACGAGAACGUGCGGCUGGCCCGCGGCAUCUACCUGUCCCAGUUCGACCUCAUCUCGUACCCGUUCCGGAAUGCCACCGUACAGAGGAAGGGAAGUCGCCACAAGGAGGAAUAUUCCAUCCUCCAAGUCAACUUCAACCUGCAGCGGCACACGGGCUACUUCAUGAUCAACGUGUACCUGCCGUGUACUCUGAUCGUGGUGCUGUCCUGGGUGUCCUUCUGGAUCAACCGUGAGGCGACCGCUGACCGGGUUAGCUUAGGGAUAACUGCUGUGCUGACGCUCUCCACAAUAAGCAUAGACUCGCGCAUCUCGCUGCCCAAGGUCUCCUACGCCACUGCCAUGGACUGGUUUCUCUUCGCCAGCUUCGCGUUCGUCAUCGCCACGCUGCUAGAGUUCGCCGGAGUCCACUUCUUCACCAAGGUGGGCAGUGGCGAGUUUCCAGUGCUGGACGAAUCCAACACCGAGCAGGAGCGGAGGUCCCAGGAGGAGGAGGAGGAGGACGAGUGGGAGGACGAGGAGCUCCUGGAGGAGGAGCUCUCGCCGGAGCAGGAGCAGGAGCUCCGACCAGGAGACGUCUGGAGACACCGGACGGGCACCUACAUCGGCUCCAGAGAAAUCCAUCAGGGGAUGCUCGACAAUCACAUCUCGGUGGUCGGCGGCCUACCAUCCCCCUCCUCCCCGUCUCCGAAGCCGGUCCGGUCGGACCCGUGCUGGUACCAGGUGCUUCACUGCAUCAUCGGCAACGAGCUCUAUCGUCGCAAACGACGAUCGGCCGGCUCGCGGAUCAACUCUGUCAGUCGGAUAGACCGGGUGUCUCGGGUGCUCUUUCCGCUGCUGUUUGGAUGUCUGAGCUUGUUUUAUUGGAAUUUGUACUGGUCACAGCCGCCACCCAAUUCGUGGGAGAUGACUGAUUAGGUGGUGUGUAAUAUAAACGCUGGGGUAUGAGUGAACGGAUGCGGUUCUUUGGGCAGUCGGUGCUGCUGUGGGCAGUGGCAACUGGCAGCUAUGUAAAUCACUAGCAUUAAGUGUUUGAAAUGGCAAAUUGUCAGUGUAACUACAGGGUAUGUGGAAGGGCAGCUUGUGAUGGGACAUGAAAAUAACUUGUAUGUAACGUGUAUAAAUAAAAAGUUAUCAGAAAGUAGAUUAAAGUGAAAUCCUUCACUGAUGCACGGACAAGUUACUUGACUGGUAAUAAUGACUCAUGUUCUGAUGUUACUGUGUAAAUAAACCUAUAGACGU